CCCCCUCGGUCAUCUUCAGGGCGACAAACCCCUCCCCUGUCGCGGAUGGCAGAAGCUCCUGGACUCACCUCUUCCGACGAGAUGAGGCUGCUGCAGGAGGCCAAGGACUCCGCACGGGCGGCGGCAGAAGCGAGCGGCUAUGGCCGUAGGGCGCGAGCUCCGUCCCGCAAGUUCCUCGAGGCGUCGGGUAAGAUGGUAGGAGAGAGCGCCCAGUGGAUGACCAGGGAGAAAAAGGAGGAACAGGCCAGGCUAAGCUUGACACUGAAGGAGCAGCGGAAGGCGGCGGCGGCGGCAGGGCUCAAGCCCGGAGAGGUCAUCGAAGCCGCGACCGCUGCUGGCGCCGGAGGAGACGGCAGCCGUGGUGAAAAUGCCACGUCGAACGGCUCUUGGAGGAAGCUUACCCCCGCCGAAAUACUGCAAGCAGCUGGUAAGAUAGCCGGCGUGGGAAAGGCUCGAAGAAGUCUACCUGGGAGCACCGACACCAAACGCGCCACCACGGAGAAGCAGAGAGAAGGUCCCGCCACUGAGGCAGGGACCGGCAGGCACUUGGCGAAAAGGCGGUGCUCGAGUGCAUCCGAAGUCGCCAGCGAGUCCAAGCGGGGUAGGAACCCCAAGGGUAAGGCACCGGGAGGUGGUAGGUGGCGUGGGGCCGCCGGCAGCAAAGACUGAGACCUUAUCCAAGAUGGAAAAGUUCGGUCUCGAGGGCACAAUUGGCAGCGAGUGUAGCCGGGGGGUAGAGGCAUGUUCGCAGCGCAGUGACCAUAGAUCGUUGCGGGACGCACGG